CAAAUGUUAGGCAAAUGUUAGGUAAAUGUGAGCCAAAUAUUAGACACAUCUCCUAUUGACCUCUCGGUGCUCUCAUAUUGACCACUAUUGACACUCUUGUGUCCAACCGAUGACCAACUCAUGGAUGGAUUGAGUGUUGACUUAGCUAUGAAUUACAAGAAUUGAUUGAAAGCCGUGAACUGAUGGCCAGAGCGAACAAAUGGUUGGGCUGUCGACCAAUUGGUCUCAUCUCUUCUCAUGUCAACCACAUUGACAUCGCAUGCAAUAAAAUGUUAAUCACUUUAUUGUGGAUUAUCUUAUGGACGUCUUCUGGCAUUUGUGAUAAGCAAAGGUGUGAAGAGAUCAGUAUUCCUAUGUGUAGAGGCAUUGGCUAUAACUAUACAGUUAUGCCGAAUCAGUUCCAUCACGACACUCAAGAGGAAGCUGGUCUUGAAGUUCACCAGUUCUGGCCAUUGGUUGAGAUUCAGUGUUCAGAUGACUUGCGGUUCUUCCUGUGCUCGAUGUAUGCGCCCAUUUGUAUGGAUGACUAUUCGGGAAGACUUCCCGCCUGUCGAUCCGUCUGUGAACGAGCCAAACACGGAUGCGCUCCUAUAAUGAGACACUACGGGUUUGCAUGGCCUGAACGCAUGGAUUGCAAUGAUUUACCCCUUUAUGGCGAUAAACAGUUGCUUUGUAUGGAUUCAAAAGAAGGCGCCACUUUGACCGACAAUCGGCAACACAUUCUCGCCUCCAAACCCAUUGUCACCUCUAAUAAAGAGGACUCGAUUGCAAUGAAUGGCAAUGCAGUGAAAGACAAGACCGUUCGGCCAAACAAUCGAAGACCGAUGAGUAAGGGUCGCCAAGAGAUCUCCAGACCCGGCACUUCAGGUUCGGUCACACAUCUAAACGGAGUGCUGACGAGUGACGAAUGUAAGUGCGAGUGCAGACACCCAUUGAUUUUGGCCCAAGACUUGAUGGACAGACGGUUUAACAAUCGAGUGGAGACGGCAGGCAUGGGAGGGAUGGGAGGCGUUGCCAAUUGUCUGAUGCCUUGUAAAGGAGUCUUCUUUUCGAAAGCAGAGAAAGAGAUGGCCGUGUUUUGGAUCGGCAUCUUUGCAGUGGUGUGUUGUGUCUGCACAAGCAUUACAGUCCUUACAUUUGUCAUAGAUAUGGAGCGCUUUCGAUACCCCGAGCGGUCCAUUAUAUUUCUGUCGGGCUGUUAUUUGAUGGUCUCGAUUGGCUAUAUAAUCAGGUCAUACAUAGGACACGACCCCAUCGCGUGUGACGGUCUCCUUAUUCGCUACCAAAGGACAGGUCCCGCACCUGUCGUCUGUGUAUUAGUAUUUCUUUUGAUCUACUUUUUCGGAAUGGCAUCCAGUGUUUGGUGGGUUAUACUCACCAUUACAUGGUUUCUAUCGGCUGGACUCAAAUGGUCUAAUGAAGGUAUUGCCGGAUCUUCGACAAGUCUCGGAACUCCCGAUAACUUGUCCGACAGGUUGUCGUUACCAACAGUUUUGGAUCGACUCACCAUUACAUCCAAUUCAGAUACAAACCUCACUUCAAUCAACUAUGAAUUACAAGAAUUGAUUGAAAGCCGUGAACUGAUGGCCAGAGCGAACAAAUGGUUGGGCUGUCGACCAAUUGGUCUCAUCUCUUCUCAUGUCAAUCACAUUGACAUGAAAUGCAAUAAAAUGUUAAUCACUUUAUUGUGGAUUAUCUUAUGGACGUCUUCUGGCAUUUGUGAUAAGCAAAGGUGUGAAGAGAUCAGUAUUCCUAUGUGUAGAGGCAUUGGCUAUAACUAUACAGUUAUGCCAAAUCAGUUCCAUCACGACACUCAAGAGGAAGCUGGUCUUGAAGUUCACCAGUUCUGGCCAUUGGUUGAGAUUCAGUGUUCAGAUGACUUGCGGUUCUUCUUGUGCUCGAUGUAUGCGCCCAUUUGUAUGGAUGACUAUUCGGGAAGACUUCCCGCCUGUCGAUCCGUCUGUGAACGAGCCAAACACGGAUGCGCUCCUAUAAUGAGACACUACGGGUUUGCAUGGCCUGAACGCAUGGAUUGCAAUGAUUUACCCCUUUAUGGCGAUAAACAGUUGCUUUGUAUGGAUUCAAAAGAAGGCGCCACUUUGACCGACAAUCGGCAACACAUUCUCGCCUCCAAACCCAUUGUCACCUCUAAUAAAGAGGACUCAAUUGCAAUGAAUGGCAAUUCAGUGAAAGACAAGACCGUUCGGCCAAACAAUCGAAGACCGAUGAGUAAGGGUCGCCAAGAGAUCUCAAGACCCGGCACUUCAGGUUCGGUCACACAUCUAAACGGAGUGGUGACGAGUGACGAAUGUAAGUGCGAGUGCAGACACCCAUUGAUUUUGGCCCAAGACUUGAUGGACAGACGGUUUAACAAUCGAGUGGAGACGGCAGGCAUGGGAGGGAUGGGAGGCGUCGCCAAUUGUCUCAUGCCUUGUAAAGGAGUCUUCUUUUCGAAAGCAGAGAAAGAGAUGGCUGUGUUUUGGAUCGGCAUCUUUGCAGUG